GUCUAAGUUACAGAUGUUCUUUAGCUUUGCCUAUUCGGCUGAGGACAUUUACCUGCAGAGAGCAGAUAUGGAAAAUCUGGUUUAUGAAAUCGAUGAUGUGCUCAAUAAGAAUUGUCCGAACUCCUCACCGCCAGCAGUGGAGACAAUAGCCUUGAACUCAUUAGUUGCUGCCAGCUACCAGAAUAGCUGGUACCGAGCCCAGGUGUUAGCAGUUGAAAAAUCAGCGGUGAAGGUCUAUUUCAUUGAUUAUGGCAACAAAGAGGAGGUUAAUGUUGCGGAUUUGAGACCCAUUCCUCAAGACUUGCCAGUAAUGAACACACCAUCCCUUGCAGUCAGAUGUGCCCCGAGGAAGACCAAG